UUAAUGAUACGGUGGUCUUCCAUAGACCAAAAUGGUAAUUUAAGUGGAGAGAGAGAGAGAGAGAGAGAAUCUUGUGCAGCAACGCAGUGUUGUGAGUGAGUUGGGUUUUUUCUUUGGUUUUCCUGAGCUGUGUUUUAUUCUCUUUAUCUCUCUCUCUGCCCUCUCAUCUUCGAGCUCCGAUGGCGAGCCUGUGGCGCGCGGCGACCGGCAUGACGGAAAACGCCACCGAUUACGACGGCGUCGAGUUCUGGUCCAACCCCGAGCGCACCGGCUGGCUCACCAAGCAGGGCGAGUACAUCAAGACCUGGCGCCGCCGCUGGUUCGUCCUCAAGCAAGGCAAGCUCUUCUGGUUCAAGGAAUCCUCCGUCACGCGCGCGUCUCGUCCACGCGGCGUCGUCCCCGUCGCCACGUGUCUCACAGUCAAAGGCGCCGAAGACAUCCUCAACAAGCCCAACGCCUUCGAGCUCUCCACGCGCUCCGACACCAUGUACUUCAUCGCCGAUUCCGAGAAGGAGAAGGAGGAUUGGAUCAACUCUAUUGGCCGCUCCAUCGUCCAGCACUCCAGAUCCGUCACCGAUUCCGAGAUCGUCGAUUACGAUAGCAACAACAACUCCGCCAAGCGCUGACAACCACGCGCUCUCAAUCCACGCGCCUCGUUCGGUGAUUUCUCCUUUUUCUUGCCUUUUUUUUUUUAACUGUGAUUGUGUAUAUUAUUGUUACAUAUGGAUCGCCGAUCGUGCUCGUUACUGCGAGGAAACUCUGUUUAUGUACCUGAACUGCUAUGAAAUUGUAAUGUUUUUAGGAUUUUGUUUUGGAUCAAUCUUUUCGAUUAUGUUGCUUCUCAAUUUCAACUAUAGUUACCUGAACAGAGUUGGAGAUUUUCGACGGUGUAAUUAAGUUUCAGAAGUUAUGAGCUGAACAA